UGUACAGCUCGACACCGCUGUGGUGCGCUAACACGCAGGGCCAGUAUGUACCAGGACCCAGGACAUGGCUGGUACAACGGUGAAAAACAGGGACCGGCCAACUGUCCAGUCUACGGAAAAAUAUACGCGACCGGCAAUUACCCUUGAACUGGAGCGAUGGCCUCAGAUUUGAUGACAUCGGCGUGAUCCGCAGACUCAUUGUUGUAGUACACACCUCUGGUCACAGAGAAUUCACGCUCGAUGGCAUUCAGUUGCGAUCACUCCGACCUGGGAAAGGACAACAAUAUGCAGUCAGACUCUCAACCGUUGGAUCUGGUCUGCAUCGGCUUUGGAAUUACGGCGCUCUCCAUUGCCAUCGCCUUGCAUGAGAGACAAUCUCUCGACAAUACGUUAUUUCUGGAAUCUCAACCUCAGUCGUCAUGGAAACCGUGUCCGGACAUACCAGCUACACGUCUGAGGACUUCGUUCCUGAAUGACCUGAUUACUUCCGAAAACCCUCGCUCCAAAUUCACCUUCAUGAACUACCUUCAAGCAACGAAUCGGCUCGUCGUCUAUGCCAACAGCUCCCAUCUCUGUCCAUCCAGAGAACUUUUCUCGGGAUACCUGAGAUGGUGCGCAGAUCGCCUCCAGGCGCGGAAGGGUUUUCAGAAACAAGUGAACAGCAUAACGCCGGUAGCAAAUGCAGCAGGCGCAGUCUCCUGCUGGAAAGUAUCGGUCUCGGACAUGGUCACUGGGAAGCAAGAUGUGUUAGUAACAAAGCAACUCAUAUGUUCAAUGGAACCUCAACCCAAAAUACCCGCCAUUCUGUCCCGAGCAAAUAUCGGUCCGAGCCUCGCCCAUUCGACAGACACCUUGGAUGCUGUCCCGUCAAUGUUGAAGAAGACGGCAGGGAGAGCCCGCAUUGCGAUUAUUGGUGAUGGUCAAUCGGCUGCUGAAGUGUUCGAAUACGUGCAGAGUAUAUGGGGACACCAUCAAGCCGUCUGGUUCACCGAGGAUGCUGUCCUCCGAGGAUCCGACAGCACUCCAUUUGUCAUGGACGUCGCGCGACGACCAACCACAGAGGCAGGACAGACACUGCCACCAGAAUUGAGACGAAGAGCAAUGGAUGGAGUAGAACGCUCAGCUUCCGGUCACGCGAUCGAGGACGGCAUGCUUAGGGAUUUAUAUGACUCGCAAUACCGACAAAGCGUUAAAGAAGCAGACCCGUCGAGAUGGCAAUAUCAAAUCAAGUUCAGCCAUCAACUAGCAGCGGCUGCGAAGACUGUUGGCGGACAGGUUGCUCUAUCGUUGAAGUGCCUCGACGACGACGCAUCUGACUACUGCGGUACCUUCGACCUUGUCAUUGCAGCGACUGGAUACGACAAGAGCGAUCACGAACGAAUCAUGCGGCAGCUUUCAGACUUGGUUGAUGGGCAUCGUGUAAGCGUAAAUCGGGACUAUCAAGUGAACUUCCGGACGGACCUGCUCGCAAAAGACUGUGGCUUGUGGUUACAAGGAUCCCUCGGGGAAGCCGACGACGUUGAUGAUGCUUUGUAUCCCAUACUUGCAGAGAGAGGUCGACGCAUCGCCGAGUCCAUGAUCCAGCAAAGGCGUCAAUCGACCGAGCCGGUGACGGAGGACAGGUCUGCCAGGCUGUAAGCGAUGAGGACGGUCAGGCCGAUCCAGAGUCGCAGAAGGCGUCAGUCCAGAUAUAGGUUAGCUGAAUAAAGGCAAAGCUUGGGCACAAGCCGAUUUUAAAAGUUGCACAAGAGACCUCGAACUCUAUAGUCAACGGAUCACAGAGGUUUUUACCUGCGGUUUCUUGGUGUUCAUACAAGUAGGCCUGUUGCUCGCUUAUAGCUUCGCUUUUGCAGUUCCCAGGAUCUGUUCGGCCAACUUGGCAAGCUCGAACUUCCUCACCUUCCCACUUCCUGUCAGUGGAACAGCAUUGGGAACUCCAUCCUUGCCUAGCCAGAAUACAUGUUCAGGAGCCUUGUGCCGGCCCAGUCUCAUCUUCACCCAUUCGCGAACCUCAUCGUCGCUGAUAGCGGCGUAGGUUCCUCCAAAUGCUGGAGAGGUACCUUGCAGAAAGGCAACCACGACUUCUCCUAGUCGAUGAUGCUUCAUGCCGACCACGAUUGCCCUUUCGAUAGCUUCGUGUUGCAUCAACCUCUCUUCAACCUCGAGAGGCUAGGAACCCCACCUCG